AUGUGGAUAAGCUGGUUUGGUGGAUUUGCCGAACCGUCCGAUUACUCCAAUGCCGAGAUGCCGGACAUCAAUCUACCUGCACUAAUUAUCUCGAGUAUUUUUGCUGUCCCGUAUCUAGCGUUCCUCGUUAUUCUUCCCGGAGUACGAGAAAAACGUCUAGUAACACUUGCUGUUUUUACGGAAGUUGCAUUAGUAGGAGCAGUUCUGGCCAUCUCGCUGAACUUUCCCGGUUGGACAGGUGGCUCGGCGAGAAUCGUCGCUCAGUUCAGAGCCGAUCCUUGUCGAUGGUCCACAGUUGUUCCUAUUUUCGAUAUGGCGUCUUCGUCUCGUAUUGAACUGGAUCUUCCUCACUUGAGUGUCUCGAAUGAGCCGAGCACACCUGGCGACGCUCUUUUACACUUACUUGGAUACUUGGACGUUGAAGAGAUGGUUGAAAUGGAUCGGUCUCGAUCACGAAUCGACAUGAGUCAACUCUACUACAACGAAAACUUUGACAUUUCUGGAGUAUCCUCGAUGGCCAGUGAGCUGCGCUCAGCGUACCUACGUGGCCUGCCGUAUCCUAUUCUUAGCAUCAUGGAGUACUUUUCCCUCAAUCAAGACGCUUUCGACUGGGGACGACACUACCGUACUGCUGGACACUAUACAUCUGCUGCUGUAAGGAGUCAAUCAUCAUUCGAUUCUGCUCAUAGUGGUUUACGCAUACCCCGAUCGCUAUCGGAUCUGACAAUCUUCAAAGAAAAUGUCAGACCUCCUCGUUUCAAAGACGAUUCUGAAUUUGUUCUCAGCGUUACGCGAUUCUAG